GGAGUACGUCCUCCUGGGUUUGGGAAUCUUCAAUUAGUUCCAAUUCAAGUGCUGACUCCGUGUGUGUGUGUGUGUGUGUGUGUGUGUGUGUGUUUAGUUAGCGGGCAUGCAACACACUUCCCCAGGGUUGUUUCCUUUUUCCUGAGAUUUGGCGAAGGGUAAAGGGUCGGAGUCACAUGGAUACAAAGCAUUUGAUUAAUGUCCAAGUCACCGCUGUGGCUGUCGGAGCUGCCUCCCCUCCAGCCCCGGCCGCGUGAGGCCGGAGCCGCGGGGCACCGCGUGCAGGUCCCCGGCCGGAGCCGCCUCUCCCAGGAGUUGUCUGCUCAGAGCCUCGCGCCUACCGAGCCGGAGUUCCAGCGAGCGCCCUCUCCUCUCCCACCACCCUAGCCUCUCCCCAGCAUGUAAAGUCACCCGUACCUCCUCGGACUUCUCGGAGGCAGCAACUUUUCCCUCUGGCGGGUGUGGGGCCGGGCACCAGUUGGUGCGCGGAAUAGCGCGCAGCACAGCAGCCCUGCGUCCCGCCGCCCACCAUGACCGACGAGAGCCGCGGGGACGGCCGCGCCGAGAGCGCCAAGGACCUGGAGAAACAGCUUCGCCUGCGCGUGUGCGUGCUCAGCGAGCUCCAGAAGACCGAGCGGGACUAUGUGGGCACGCUGGAGUUCCUGGUGUCGGCAUUCUUACACCGAAUGAAACCGUGUGCUGCAUCAAAAAUUGAUAAAAAUGUGACAGAAGAAACAGUGAAGAUGCUGUUCUCAAACAUUGAAGAUAUCCUUGCUGUACCUAAGGAAUUUUUAAAAGUCGUGGAAGAAUGCCUGCAUCCAGAACCUAACGCUCAACAAGAAGUGGGAACCCACUUUCUUCACUUUAAAGACAAGAUUCAUAUCUAUGAUGAAUAUUGUAGUAACCAUGAGAAGGCACAGAGAUUGCUUCUCGAUCUUAACAAAAUAAGAACAAUUCGCCCAUUUCUUUCGAACUGCAUGCUACUUGGAGGACGGAAGAAUACAGAUGUUCCCCUGGAAGGAUAUUUAGUAACACCAAUACAAAGAAUUUGCAAAUACCCUCUCCUUUUGAAGGAGUUGCUGAAGCGGACUCCAAGGAAACACAGUGACUACACAGCAGUAAUGGAAGCCCUCCAAGCCAUGAAAGCUGUCUGUUCCAACAUAAACGAGGCCAAGAGGCAGAUGGAGAAGUUAGAAGUUUUAGAGGAAUGGCAGUCUCACAUUGAAGGCUGGGAGGGAUCCAAUAUCACUGACACCUGCACUGAGAUGCUAAUGUGUGGCGUCUUGCUGAAAAUUUCUUCUGGAAAUAUUCAAGAACGGGUGUUCUUUCUUUUUGAUAAUCUUCUGGUGUAUUGCAAAAGGAAACACAGACGGUUGAAGAAUAGCAAGGCAUCUACAGACGGACAUCGGUACCUUUUUCGUGGCCGGAUCAAUACAGAGGUGAUGGAAGUGGAGAAUGUGGAUGAUGGCACGGCUGAUUUCCAUAGCAGUGGACACAUUGUUGUCAAUGGAUGGAAGAUACAUAACACAGCGAAAAAUAAAUGGUUUGUGUGUAUGGCAAAAACACCUGAGGAGAAACAUGAAUGGUUUGAAGCUAUUUUGAAAGAAAGAGAACGGCGAAAAGGUUUAAAAUUAGGAAUGGAGCAAGACACCUGGGUAAUGAUCUCCGAACAGGGCGAGAAACUCUACAAGAUGAUGUGCAAACAAGGGAAUCUGAUCAAAGACAGAAAAAGAAAACUGACCACAUUCCCUAAAUGCUUCCUUGGAAGUGAAUUUGUGUCAUGGCUCUUGGAAAUUGGAGAGAUUCACAGGCCUGAGGAAGGUGUACACUUAGGACAAGCAUUAUUAGAAAAUGGAAUCAUCCACCAUGUUACUGAUAAACAUCAGUUCAAGCCAGAGCAGAUGUUAUAUAGAUUCCGCUAUGAUGAUGGAACAUUUUAUCCAAGAAAUGAAAUGCAGGACGUGAUUUCGAAGGGAGUGAGAUUAUAUUGCCGUCUUCAUAGUCUGUUUACUCCAGUGAUAAGAGAUAAAGAUUACCAUCUCCGAACCUACAAGUCUGUAGUCAUGGCCAACAAGCUGAUAGACUGGUUAAUUGCACAGGGGGAUUGUCGCACCAGAGAAGAGGCAAUGAUAUUUGGUGUCGGACUCUGUGACAAUGGAUUCAUGCACCAUGUCCUUGAAAAAAGUGAAUUCAAAGAUGAACCCCUACUUUUCCGUUUUUUUGCGGAUGAGGAAAUGGAAGGAUCAAAUAUGAAGCAUCGACUUAUGAAACAUGAUUUAAAAGUUGUGGAAAAUGUUAUAGCCAAAUCACUAUUGAUUAAAUCCAAUGAAGGCAGCUAUGGUUUUGGGUUAGAAGACAAAAAUAAAGUUCCAAUAAUAAAGUUGGUAGAAAAGGGGUCUAAUGCUGAGAUGGCUGGCAUGGAAGUUGGGAAAAAGAUUUUUGCUAUUAAUGGUGACCUAGUUUUUAUGAGACCUUUCAAUGAAGUGGAUUGCUUCCUGAAAUCAUGCUUAAACAGCAGAAAGCCUCUAAGAGUUCUUGUGAGCACAAAGCCAAGGGAGACAGUGAAAAUCCCAGAUUCAGCUGAGGGACUUGGAUUCCAGAUACGAGGAUAUGGCCCAUCGGUUGUCCACGCAGUAGGAAGAGGAACUGUCGCUGCAGCAGCUGGUCUUCACCCUGGACAGUGUAUUAUCAAAGUAAAUGGAAUCAAUGUCAGCAAAGAGACCCAUGCCAGUGUUAUUGCGCACGUUACAGCCUGCAGGAAAUACAGAAGACCAACGAAGCAAGAUUCCAUACAAUGGGUGUAUAAUAGCAUUGAGAGCGCUCAAGAAGACCUUCAAAAGUCUAACUCCAAACCUCCUGGAGAUGAAGUAGGGGAUGCUUUUGACUGCAAAGUAGAAGAGGUAAUUGACAAGUUUAACACCAUGGCCAUCAUCGAUGGGAAGAAGGAGCACGUGAGUCUGACAGUGGAUAAUGUGCACCUAGAAUAUGGGGUCGUGUAUGAGUACGACAGCACAGCUGGGAUAAAGUGCAACGUGGUAGAGAAGAUGAUUGAGCCCAAAGGUUUCUUCAGCCUCACUGCCAAGAUUCUUGAAGCCCUGGCUAAAAGUGAUGAUCAUUUUGUACAAAACUGUACCAGCCUUAACUCUCUAAAUGAAGUGAUUCCUACUGACCUUCAGAGUAAAUUCAGUGCGAUUUGUAGUGAAAAAAUUGAGCACAUAUGUCAGAGAAUAUCCAGUUAUAAAAAGUUUUCACGCGUACUGAAGAAUAGAGCCUGGCCCACCUUCAAACAGGCCAAAUCUAAAAUCUCCCCAUUACACAGCAGUGAUUUCUGCCCCACCAACUGCCAUGUCAACAUAAUGGAAGUUUCCUAUCCCAAAACAUCAACCUCCCUUGGGAGUGCCUUUGGUGUUCAGCUGGAUAGCAGGAAGCAUAAUUCUCAUGAUAAGGAAAAUAAAUCUGAGCAAGGGAAACUGAGCCCUAUGGUGUACAUUCAGCACACAAUCACAACCAUGGCGGCCCCUUCAGGCCUGUCUCUGGGACAGCAGGAUGGGCGUGGGCUCCGGUACUUGUUAAAAGAAGAAGACCUGGAAACUCAAGAUAUUUAUCAGAAACUGUUGGGCAAACUUCAGACUGCACUGAAGGAGGUGGAGAUGUGUGUUUGUCAAAUUGAUGACCUUCUGUCUUCCAUAACAUAUUCUCCUAAAUUAGAACGUAAGACACCAGAGUGCAUAGUACCACCAGAGAGUGACAACGAGAAGGGAGAGAAAAAUAGCAAACGGGUCUGUUUUAAUAUGGCGGGAGACGAGCAGGAAGACUCGGGUCAUGACACCCUCAGCAACAGAGAUUCUUACAGUGACUGCAACAGCAACAGGAAUUCCAUAGCCUCCUUCACCAGCAUCUGCAGCAGCCAGUGCAGCUCCUACUUCCACAGCGAUGAAAUGGACUCAGGUGAUGAACUUCCCCUCAGUGUUCGCAUUUCUCAUGAUAAGCAGGACAAGAUACAUAGCUGUCUUGAGCAUCUUUUCAGCCAGGUGGAUUCAAUUACCAAUCUCCUAAAAGGGCAAGCUGUUAUAAGGGCCUUUGAGCAAACCAAGUACCUCACACCAGGUCAAGGAUUACAAGAAUUUCAGCAGGAAAUGGAACCAAAGUUGAGUUGUCCAAAAAGGUUAAGACUUCACAUCAAGCAAGACCCUUGGAAUCUUCCCAGCAGCGUCCGGAAUCUUGCUCAGAACAUCAGAAAAUUUGUUGAAGAGGUCAAGUGUAGGAUACUCCUGGCUCUUCUUGAAUAUUCAGACAGUGAAACACAGCUCCGAAGAGACAUGGUUUUCUGCCAGAGUCUUGUGGCCACCGUGUGUGCCUUCUCUGAGCAACUCAUGGCAGCAUUAAACCAGAUGUUUGACAACAGCAAAGACAAUGAGAUGGACACGGGGGAAGCCAGCAGAAGGUGGCUGGACCAGAUAGCAAAUGCGGGUGUUCUUUUUCACUUUCAGUCGCUCCUGUCGCCAAACCUGACAGAUGAACAAGCAAUGCUAGAAGAUACACUGGUUGCGCUAUUUGAUUUGGAAAAAGUUUCUUUUUACUUUAAACCAUCAGAAGAGGAACCACUGGUUGCAAAUAUUCCUCUUACGUAUCAAGUAGAGGGAAGCCGGCAGGCUCUGAAGGUUUACUUCUACAUUGAUGGUUACCAUUUUGAACAACUGCCUCAACGUUUGAAAAAUGGAGGAGGGUUUAAAAUUCAUCCCGUUCUUUUUGCACAAGCACUGGAAAGCAUGGAAGGAUAUUAUUAUAGAGACAGUGUUUCAGUGGAAGAAUUUCAAGCCCAGAUAAAUGCAGCCUCAUUGGAAAAAGUCAAACAAUACAACCAAAAGCUCAGGGCCUUCUACUUGGACAAGUCAAACUCACCACCCAACUCCACAUCCAAAGCUGCCUAUGUAGAUAAGCUAAUGAGGCCUCUCAAUGCUCUGGAUGAACUUUAUCGGCUGGUAGCCUCGUUUAUCAGAUCCAAGCGCACGGCGGCCUGCGCAAACACAGCCUGCAGUGCAUCGGGGGUGGGGCUGCUGUCCGUGUCCUCGGAGCUGUGCUCCCGGCUGGGGGCCUGCCACAUCAUCAUGUGUAACAGCGGCGUGCACAGGUGCACUCUGAGCGUGACCCUGGAGCAGGCCAUCAUUCUGGCCCGAAGCCACGGGCUGCCUCCCCGCUACAUCAUGCAGGCCACUGACGUGAUGCGGAAGCAGGGAGCAAGAGUUCAGAACACAGCAAAGAAUUUGGGAAUCAGAGACCGAACCCCACAGUCUGCUCCAAGGAUCUACAAGCUGUGCGAGCCGCCUCCCCCCAUGGGAGAAGAAUGAAGAGAAUCUCCAAGGAACCAACAAGCAGAAGCUUCUGCAAACCAGACAGAGGACAUGCUGGCUACACAUUCUCCAUUCAAGAUAAGGAAAUAGCCUUUUUUUUUUUUUUCUCUAAAUCCUUCACCAUGGAGUAACUAACCAGUGUUCGACUUGUACUUGGAUAUUUGUGCUGGCCACAGAUCGGAGGUCAUUUGGACAAUUUGAAGCUUCACCAACUCAUCUCUGUAUGUAUUGACACUCAGUGUUCAUUUUUAGGGUAAAAUUCAUCCCUCAAAUUUAUAAAAAAAAAAAAUCAGAGUUGGACAAUGAACCAUUGUGCCUCCUUUCCCAUUUAUUAGAAUUAUUUGAUUGUGUUUGUUUUCAACUUCUCUAAAUGGGAUCAUGUAAUCAUGGACAUUUCCACUUGAAGAAGCCUUUCACUGAAGAAAUAUGGACACGCUUUCCAAAUCCUUAUACAGAAAUGUUACAGAAAGUGGAGGCUGGGUGCUGUCAUAGGGAUUCAGUCCCUCACCUGCGUCACAGAAAGUAGUUCAUGUGUGCGAGGUGAAGAGCAUGUUCUACUCUUUCUCCUAAGGGUUUAUUUCUCAGUAAAAGAGAGGAGAGCAGAUGGAAGCUUUACCAAGACUUUCUUCCAGCCCCUUCUAGGUAUGCUUUGUGCUUGUGGAUGGUUCCAGUAGUCUGGCACUCUCCCUGGUCUCUGUAAUGGCAUGACUUCCUUGUGCACUGGGGCUGUGCCCCCGAUGGCCACGGGUGGAGAGCAGUGCGGACCAGACAGGUUUAGAAGGGUAUAGGAAGGGUAAGUAGGGUAAAGGAGGAAACUUAAGCCCACUUAAAAAUUCAACCUUUAUUUUAGAAAGAUACCUAAAAUUUCUCAAUUUUAGGAAGGCUUUAAUAUGAGAUCUGAGACUCGUAAUAGAAUAUACUAUGCUGAGAAUUCCUCUAUCAAGGUAUGUGUAUAACAUAUGAAAAUAAAGCUUUAUUUGUUGAACUUUACAAGGUCUAUUAGAGACCUUGAUAACAUGUGGAAGCACAAGGUGUGUUCUAUUUUCAUUCUAAAGUAUGUGUAAUGUUUAUUAUCUCUAUGUUGAUAAAAUAACAUUGUUUUUUAGCAUAAUGAAUAUGGUUAUAUUGGUUUUGAAUCUAUAAUUUUCAAAGCAAUUAAAAUGCCCUUACUGUGAUUGUGAUAAUUAUAUGGAUUUAGACUAAUUUAGUAUGUGAAAUGCUUUUAAUAACUAAAGUAUAUACAGACCAUUAUUGAAUUUUAAUUUAUGAAAUUUGAGAAUGAUUUCAAAUGAUCAUUAAAAACCUUCACUGCUAGCAGUUGUGUAUUGAAUAACAAAACUCCCGUGUUACAUAUGUAUGAGGUAUUCAUAUACUGGUCAAGCUGAUAAAAAUUGUCCUUUGUCACAGAAGCACUUAAGAUUUUUGCCUUAAGUCCAUAUAUAUAAUGAGAAGUAAAGAAACAAACUCCAAAGUUUCCAAAGAAAAAGUUGAACACUUUGCAUUUAAUGGAAAUAGGACCUUAACACAAAUAUCUAGAUUAAGUAUAUCUUAACUUCUAGGGAUUUAACAUUCUGGAUAUUAUUAACAACUGAUCCCAAAGGCCCAGGAUAUUAGUAUCUUGUGAUUUUCCCAUAUUGAAAAAUUGAUGACAUCAAUGCAGUCUAAGGAGGGAGCAAAACUGAUCAACUAGCAACUGUUGUUCAUAAUGUCAUUACUGUUUUCUAAUCACCAUGCUGGAAGCCUUAUUUCUCAGUAGAACAAUGAAGAGGUCACUUAAACACUUUGGCCAUACUUUGCUAUGUUUCAUGGGGUAAAUUAUCUGCUAUUAUGUUAUACAUAAAUUAGCAUAUCUUUAAGGAUCUAAUCUUUGUAUAAUAAGAUGUGGUUAAUAUUUUAAGGGUGCAAUGUACCAUCUAUCAGAGUGCUUGGUACUUACUAAAUGCUCGAAAGUUAGUAGUGAUUUAUAUUAUCAUCAGUCACUGUUAUUUUUUUCUUAUUAUAAUAAAAACUAUAGCUAACAGUCAAGCGAUUACUAUAUGCCAGGCAAUACCUCUACAUGCUUUACCCCAUCUUGUUAUUGCUUCACUAAUCGUCACAACGACAUCACCCCAUUUUGCAGUUGAGGAACCAAAGCAAAGAAGAGCCCAGUGACUCUCCCAAGUCAGCCAUGUGACUGACAAGUGGUAGAAGCAGGAUUUAAACCCAGCAAGACUGCCUCCUUCAUACAUUAAGCUCCUUCUCCUUACUAAUAGAAGAAUAGUACCAAUUAGUUGUUAAUAAAGCUGGAGUUAUGUGACACAUGUUGCCAUUUAACUAUGCACUUUAUAUUGAGGGAAAAAUGGAUGGAAACAUGAAAGAGGUCUUUAGUAUGUGUAAAUCAUAGGAUUUCUUAGACAUUUACCAUUUUGGAUACAUAUUUUGAGGCAAUUGCAAUGCUGUUGCAGUCUGAAAAAAUAGAUUCCUCAUCACUGAAGAUAACAGUUUUAGAUAUGUUUUGAAAUUUGGAAAAAGUAUAUCCUAUAAAAUUUGCUGUGAUUCCAAAACAGUCAUAACAAUUUAAAAAUGUCCAAUGAAUGAAUGAAUAAAGACAAUUUUUGAAUAUCAUAAUGUUCCUCUACGCAACAUUGAACUUUUAACCAGCCUUGAGUUUUUAGAAUGGGUUUACCUACAUGGUCACAUAUUCCUCCCCUUAACCACUCACAUACUCCUCUGUAACUUCUUUAAACAUUGCUAAAGCCUACUAACAGUUCUUCUGAGUUCUGCGCUUGGAUAUUUGCCUCUCUUCCCCUAAAAGGGAAGGUCAUGCAUAGAAAUUUUGGUCCUUAAUAUGGGCUCUAACCCGAAUAUAAUAGCUAACCAGUAAUCUAUUGUCAAUACAUCUGAAAUAUUCCAUCAUAUCUUGUAAAGUUAUCUAAUAUUAAAUAUUACCAAACUUUUUAUAGUAUUAACAGAAUGAGCAAUUUGGAGAGACUAGAGUUUUAUACAUAUUUCCAUUACUGUUUAACAAAAAAGAAACAAAGAAUUUCUGUAUGACUUUUACUUAUAUUGGCUAUAAAAAGUUGAAUUUAGGAGGUAAGCUUUAUUUUAUGAACAAAUAUCCUAAUCUUAGAUGUCUCACAGUAUUUUCUGUCUCUUUAAAUCACAUCCAUUGAAUGGCUUAAAUUUCCUAUGCAUUCAGUGGUCACUCUUCUUGCCCCAACAAUGUUUAAUUUUAAAAUGGGCUAAUUUCUUGUGAUAGUAUAAUAUAUAUGAUAUUGUAAUGAUACUGGUUCUGACUCUAUUGAUUUAAAUUUUGUGAUAGUUAACUAAGUUCAGUAUGAAAUGAUAUUAUCCUUGGCACUAGCUAUAAAAGCCAAGACAAUGAAUAGUUAAAAAAAAUCCUGAGCAGAUAUUAACUAAUUUAAGAAAACAAAUUCUUUUGGGGGCACCUGGCUGGCUCAACUUGUAGAGUAUUUGACUCUUGACUUCUGGGUUGUGAGUUCAAACCCCACUUUGGGUGUAGAGAUUACUUAAAAAUAAAACAUUUUUAAAAAGAAAGAAAAACUAUUUUUAGCCCUCUGUGCACAAACAACUUUUAGGAAAAAAAUAAUUUUUAGGGAUAUGAAAGCAUUUAGUUAAUGUAUUUGAAAAUGAUGUGUUUGUAUUUAGUACUAAAGUAUUCCCUGAUUAGUUCAUAUAGAUCUUUUCCUGUGUAGCAUGAUUUAGGGCAGAUUACAAGGACAUAUUUUUAUUCACUUGUAUUUAAAAAAACAAAACAUAGCUUUGCGCAGUGGCAGUAUCGUAGCCAAUGAGGUUUAUCCGAGGCGCGAUUAUUGCUAAUUAAAAAAACAAAACAUAAUAUUAAAGUUUAAAAUAAAUAACCCUACUCUAAGUCAUUUUACUUCACAGGUUAUUUUUAAAUUUUCUUCACUAGUGGUAUUUACUAAUAUGGAAACUAAUGUUUUGUAUGUGAUUAAAUUGCUUCUGAAUUUUUAGAAACUAUGUUUAAUUCUUAAAGACUUAUUUUUAAGUGAAUUAAUGUACUAAAUUAUAGUUUAAUUAUAAUUACAGUUUACUUUCUUACAGCCAACAGUAGUUAUUUCAUUAAUGUAUAUAUAUAAACACACGUACACAUAAAAAGACAUAAUUGCCAGUUUGCUGAAUGAGUUGUUAGUUGUUCUACUGAAGUAUAAAGGCAAAAGCUUUUGCAAUGGUUUAGAAUGAUCUGAAGUUCGAUUAAGAAAAAUAUUCCGUAUGCACUCAGAUUUUUGAAGUUUUAGUGAUAAGCCUCAGAAAACUUUCACCCUACAUGAGGCAGAAGAGGUAGGGGAAGUUAUGAGAGGAGUCUGAGCCAAUAAUGGACUCAGACUAAUUCCUUUUACUUAUAGUGGCCACAGUCUUCUUAGGUGCUGUAAUUCUAUAAUUGUUAUCACAGUUAGUCUUUGGUUUUAAAUUUUUUUUUUACUGCUUCAAACCUUUGCUUUUAACAUUGAUCUCAGCAUUCAUAUCGCCACAUUGUGCACGUAUGGAAGAUUGUAGAAGUAUGGCCUAUGCAUUCUCUCAUUGUUCCAUAGACACAUGGCCUACUUAACUCAGGAUAGCUUGCUUUUCUCACUGAGAAGAGACAUCUGAAGUCUACCAAGAUAGAUAGAUAUAGAGAUACUGUAUCUCUAUAUAUGUUUCUAUAUACAUAUAUUUGCUACUUUUUGUUCUUGUGAUAUACAUUAUAGAAAUUACUUAGGUUCUCAUGUCUUGUUUUGGAUGAAGAGAUGAAAUAUGGGGCUGUUCAAUAUAUGAAAUGUUUGUUCUAUAGACAUUAGAUUUGUCUAAAUUCACAGUCAGCACACCUGGUAGGCCAUCUUCUGAUCACUGACAGUACUGUCCUACUCAGUCUGGAGCCAAUUUACCUACCUUUGCCAUCCAAGAAGUAGCUGAUGAAAAAUAAAGUUACUGAAUUUUCAAAUGAUAUUUCUACUGGAAAUAGAAAACUUUGGAUACUUUUGCAUGCAGAUAACAGAAGAAAUGUCCUCCAUUCAUGUAUUCACUCCACAAAUAUAUUCAAGAAUUUACUUUGUACGAGGCACAGUCAGUGGGCCUCAUUGAUGCAUUGGUUCUGUUUGAUUCGAAAGUCGUUGCGGUAUCUCUUUUAUGUUAGUGGUCGCUUGUGUCUUUUACUUGAAAUGACAUGAUGUGUAAGGCAAACCUAUUCUAAUACCUUGUAGGUAUAUAUAUUGUAUGAAAUCAAGAAUACUAAGUUGGCAAAAUGCUUUAGAAGACACAUUUAAAUUUGAAUAUCUAAUGCCUCAAGCAAAUUUAUUAGAGUUUCAGAUGAAUAUAUAUUUUUGUAACUGCCAAGUAAGAGUAGAUCAUAGCUUUUGCUUAAAAAAUAUUUUUAUAAGUAUUCAGUUGAGAGUAAGUUCCUUUAUGUAUUUGAAUAUAAUUUACAUUUCACUAUUUUAAAUAGUAAAGUAUUUUACUAUCAUUUUACUAUUUUAAAUAGUAAAAUAUGAAGUUUGUUCUAUAAAUAGUAAUUCUCUUGAAUAUAUUCAUAUUUAACAUUGUAUAACAUCCAAAAUAUAAUGAUAAAUUUCAUCUUAGUGUGUUAUUAUAGGAGUCAAUUUUUCCUUUGUAAAAGAUACAUGUAACAUAGUUUCAAUCAUUCAGUAUUUUGUGAAUGGUUAAAAUGGUCGAAGUGUAUUAUGUAUUUUAUAUCAUUUAAUUUUGUUUGCAUAAAAGACUAGAAUAAUAGCAUUGUAUCAUUAAUGUCAAUAAUAAUAAAGUGAAAUGUAGUAAGACUAUACCA